AUGUCCAUCGUCAUCCUCCUCCUCCUCCUCAUCAUCAUCUUCGUUGUGCUUCACGGUUUCUUCUUCGUCUUUGAGCCUCACGGCUUCUUCUUCUUCUUCUUCUUCUUCUUCUUCUUCUUCUCUUUAUUAUUCAUGGCCUUCCUAUUAUUAUUAUUUUUUCUUUUCAUUAUUUUUUUCAUUUUUUACAUCUUUGUGGUCCAUUGCUUAUUUUUUGUUGUUGGUUUUUUGUUCUUUUCUUUCUUCUUCUUUUUCUUCUAUUUUGUGCUUCAUGGCUUCUUUUUCAUCUUUUUAUCUAUACUUCAUUACAUCUUCUCUGUGCUCCACUGCUUAUUUUUUGUUGUUGUUGUUGUUGUUGUUGUUCUUCUUCUUCUUCUUCUUCUUCUUCUUCUUCUUCUGCUUCUUUUUCUUCUUCUUCUUCUUCUUCAAGCGUUCUUUUUUCUUCUUCUAUUUCUUCCUUCUUCUUCAAGGCUUUUUCUUUUUCUUCUUCUUUUUCUUCCCUCUUCUUCAAGGCUUCUUCUUUUUCUUCUUCUUCUUCCUUCUUCUUCAAGCCUUCUUUUUCUUCUUCUUCUUCUUCAAGGCUUUUCCUUUUUCUUCUUCUUCCUUCUUCUUCAAGGCUUUUUCUUCUUCUUCUUUCUUCUUCAAGGCUUUUUCUUUCUUCUUCUUCUUCUUCUUCUUCUUCUUCUUCUUCAAAUCUACUUUUUUCUUCUUCUUCCUUCUUCCCAAAUGCUUCUUUUUUCUUCUUCUUCCUUCUUCCUAAAGGCUUCUUCUUUUUCUUUUUCUUCUUCCUCCUUCUUCUUCAAGGCUUUUUUUUAUUCUUCUUCCCUCUUCUUCAAGGCUUUCUUCUUCUUCCUUCUUCUUCAAGGCUUUUUUUAUUCUUCUUCCCUCUUCUUUAAGGCUUUCUCUUUUUCUUCUUCUUCCUUCUUCGUCAAGCCUUCUGCCUUUUCUUCUUCUUCUUCCUUCUUCUUCAAGGCUUUUUUAUUCAUCUUCCCUCUUCUUCAAGGCUUUCUUCUUCUUCUUUCUUCUUCAAGGCUUUUUUUAUUCUUCUUCCCUCUUCUUUAA